CCCAGCGACUUCCGCUCGGGGAAGAUAAAUUCUUGCGCAGCCCGGCGUUGGUCGCCUUGCCAGAAACUCGAGGGCAUGGCGGCUUCUGUCCCUGGCUCGACUGAGGGGAAGUUUGUGGUGGUGGGCGGCGGGGUCGCGGGGGUCACCUGUGCGGAGCAGCUGGCUGUUCACUUUCCAUCAGAAGAUAUUCUCCUGAUAACAGCUUCUCCUGUUAUUAAAGCAGUUACUAAUUUCAAGCAGGUGUCUAAGGUAUUAGAAGAAUUCAGUGUUGAAGAACAGCCAAGUACCACGUUAGAAAGCCGCUUUCCCAACAUCAGAGUUAUAGAAUCUGGAGUGAAACAACUGAAAAGUGAAGAACAUUGCGUUUUAACAGAAGAUGGCGGCCGGCAUGUGUAUAAGAAGCUCUGUCUCUGUGCUGGAGCUAAACCGAAGCUCAUAUGUGAAGAAAAUCCAUACGUGUUGGGAAUCCGUGAUACAGACAGUGCUCAGGAAUUUCAGAAGCAGCUUAUUAAAGCUAAAAGAAUAAUGAUCAUUGGGAAUGGUGGCAUUGCCCUUGAACUAGCGUAUGAAGUUGAAGGCUGUGAAGUGAUUUGGGCCAUUAAAGAUAAAGCUAUUGGGAAUACUUUCUUUGAUGCAGGAGCAGCUGAAUUCUUGACUUCAAAGCUUGCUGCUAAAAAGUCACAGGCUGAAAUCGCAAAUAAAAGAACAAAAUACACAACUGACGGAAGGAAAAAGGUAGCACAAAGCAAAGCCAGUACUGGAAAUAUAGGCAGUGCCUUGGGUCCUGAUUGGCAUGAAGGCUUGAUUCUUAAAGGAACAAAAGAGUUUUCUCAUAAGGUUCACAUUGAAACUGAGUGUGAAGUAAAGAAAAUCUACCAUCGGGAAGAAUUUAGGAUUUCUAAGAAAAACUCCUUGGCAUUCCCACAGAAUGGCCAGAAGCCAUCAGUUACAACAGACAAUGAAAUAUGGCCUGUAUAUGUGGAAUUGACUAAUGGAAAGAUGUAUGGCUGUGAUUUCAUUGUCAGUGCUACAGGAGUUACACCAAAUACAGAACGCUUUCUCUUUGGCAACAAUUUUGAUUUAGGAGAAGACAGUGGCCUGAAAGUGGAUGAUCACAUGUGCACCUCCAUUGCUGACGUUUAUGCUGCAGGGGACAUUUGCUCAGCUGCCUGGCAGCCCAGUGCCCUCUGGCAGCAGAUGCGUCUGUGGACCCAGGCGAGACAGAUGGGAUGGUAUGCAGCCAAGUGCAUGGCCGCAGCUGCCUCCGGAGACUCUGUGGACAUGGAUUUUAGCUUUGAGCUUUUUGCUCAUGUAACAAAAUUUUUUAACUAUAAGGUUGUAUUGCUAGGAAAAUACAAUGCACAGGGCUUGGGCUCAGAUCACGAAUUAAUGCUGAGGUGUACCAAAGGACAAGAAUACAUCAAAGUUGUCAUGCAGAAUGGGCGCAUGAUGGGAGCUGUCUUAAUUGGUGAAACUGACUUAGAAGAAACAUUUGAAAACUUAAUUUUAAACCAGAUGAAUCUUUCAUCUUAUGGAGAGGAUCUACUAGAUCCAAAUAUUGAUAUAGAAGAUUAUUUUGACUAAAAUGGACAUUCCAAGAAGCACAAAGCUUAAAAUUAGAAUUAAGUCUCAAUAAAGUAAGUGAUUCUGCUGAUUUGAUAAUUACAUUUUGAAAUUGAAAGUAUAGACACAAAGCUGACCACUUUUACAUAAAUCUGAUUAGUCAACUAGAACCAUUCUUUGUGACAAUAAAGUGUGGUUUCAAGAAA